UGAGGGCCCUAUGUAGCAUUCGACGCCCAAAAUGGCGGCACGAUUGAAAAGUUUUGACUGUUUUGCUGGAGUUUGUUUUCAUACUAUUUAUCGGGGUGUGUAACUCUUCCGUGCCCGCCAGAAUCAAAGUGGAUUCUGCGUCUCGCUCUGGUCCCACAAUGACUUCGGUUCAAAUCGAACAUGAGAAUAGCGCUUAGCUGCCAACCCCAAAUUCGGGCUCACUUUGCCGAAGCGAGGCUAAGCUAAGGGAAGCUAUCGAGCUAGCGGGGAGUUGCGGUCUUUAAAGCUCCGCGGGUUAUGUGAUCCCUCGUUCGGACCAGGGCGGCAGGUUGAACAUGAAGAAAAUGACAUUGUCGUAGCAAUGGAGGAAGAUGUGAAAAAAGUGAAAAAGCCUGGUAUUGUGUCGCCGUUCAAGCGGGUCUUCCUGAAGGGAGAAAAGGGGCGGGACAAAAAGGCCCAGGAGAAGUCCACAGAGCGACGGGCCCUGCACACCUUCUCGCUCUCGCAGCCCGACCAUCGCAUCGAUCCUGACAUUCUCCUCAACGACUACAUUGAAAAAGAAGUCAAGUAUUUGGGCCAGCUGACAUCUGUUCCAGGAUACUUGAAUCCUUCAAGCAGGACAGAAGUCCUUCAGCUCAUCGACAAUGCAAGAAAGUCACAUCAGUUGGCAGGCCAACUGACAUCAGAGCAGGACGCGGUGAUGAGCUUGUCGGCGUACAACAUCAAGUUAGUGUGGCGUGACGGCGAGGAUAUUAUUUUGAGGGUGCCCAUCCAUGACAUUGCCGCUGUCUCCUACGUCAGGGACGACUCGCUGCACCUCGUAGUCAUCAAGACCGCCCAGGAAUGCGGAGGCUCUCCUUGUCACAGCUCUUUUACCGAUCUCAACAAAUCCCAAACGCUGAGCUCCUUGUCAGAGAGCGGCGCCGUGAUGGUGGAGGUCUGCUGUCUGCUUGUCCUCGCAGUCAACAACAAAGCAGCAGCAGAGGAGCUAUGUCUGCUCCUCAGUCAAGUCUUUCAGAUUGUUUACACCGAGUCCACAAUCGACUUCUUGGACAGAGCCAUCUUUGACGGAGCCACCACCCCCACCAGGCAUCUGUCUCUGUACAGCGAUGACUCGUCAAGCAAAGUGGAUGUUAAGGCGGCGUUUGAAGGCGACGCCAGCUCUUUUCCAUUCCAGGCAUCAAUGGACGCAGAUGGCAGCUCGCCGUCAGCCUCCAGCCCCGCCUCCCCACAGGUGAAGACGGCGAGCGAAGGGGAACUCAGCACCACGGCUGCAGAGCUGCUUCAGGACUACAUGACCACACUGCGCACAAAGCUGUCCUCCCAGGAGAUCCAGCAGUUUGCCACUCUGCUUCACGAAUAUCGCAACGGAGCCUCUGUGCACGAGUUCUGCAUUAAACUAAGACAGCUCUACGGUGACAGCAGGAAGUUCCUACUGCUUGGCCUGCGUCCCUUCAUACCGGAGAAGGACAGCCAGCACUUUGAAAACUUUCUGGAGACCAUCGGGGUCAAAGACGGCCGGGGCAUCAUCACAGACAGCUUUGGCCGCUACCGGCGGACAGCGAGCUCAGCCUCCGACUCCACCACCAAUGGCAAUGGGGCGGAAAGCGGUAGCGGAGAUGGCGCCGCCUCCGACGAGAGCCAAGAGACCCCCGAGGGCGACGAGUGGGACCGCAUGAUCAGCGACAUUAGCAACGACAUCGAAGCACUCGGUUGCAGUAUGGACGGCGAGGGUGUGACUCCCUGAUACGACUGAUGUGAUCACAUGAUGCUUGUUCGCACUGACUAUUUGCUAUAACUCCCUCAACACAUGAAGUCAAACAAAUGCACUUGCAAUCAAGUCUUUUUAUGUCGUUUUUGUACCCACUUAUAGGCAGUAUCUGCCACUGCUGUCAGCUAUGUAGCUACAAACAGGACUGGUUUGGAUUCUUUUGUAUCAUUGCUGCCCUAUUAUAUAUACAUGUUUUACAUUUUACACUAUCAUUUAUUAGUGUUUACUCACUCUAACUGACCCACGAAAUGCUGUAAAAGUUUUAAUCAUCAAGUGUUCUUGACAAAGCCAGUUCAUUUGCGGCUGAUGUGACUUACUCUCAUGCAGGUCAUCUGGCAUUUAUCCCUGAUUGUGCCUUUAAAACUGUAGCACAGCCGCUAUGUGCGAAUGUUUAUUAUUAAAUAACACUGAGUUUUGGCAUUCAA